AUGGAGGGAAGUAAUGCUCGAAGCUUCGUGGUGAAGAACGUGUUUGUGCCUCGCGCCCUGCUACAGGAGGAGUGGCAGGAGCGAGGCAACACGGAGUGCGUGCGUCGGGACGUGCACUUUGAAGAGGGCGGCGCCAUCGUGGCCGUCGACGAACCGUCGGACCUCAGCGCCACCACCGGCGACUCCGCCCUCACCGUCAUCGACGGCACCAACAAGCUCCUCCUUCCCGGGUUUCUGAAUGGGCACACGCACUCGGGCGAGAUGUACAACCGGGGCUCGAUCCCGCCGCUGCCGCUCGAGCUGUGGCUGGGCUACCUCUACGACUACGGCCCGCAGGACCCCAACCACUACUACCUCGCCGCCCUCCUCACCGCGGUGGAGGGACUGAUGACGGGCGUGACUUGCGUGCUGGACAUGCCGUCGGUCUUGGGCGUCCCGGGCAAGGAGUUCGAGUGCCUCGAGGCCAUCUGCCGGGCCUACAGGGACGUGGGCGUGCGCGCCUUCGUGUGCCCGCUGUUGGGCGACCUCCCGUUCGAUGCGACGGUGGCGCACGGCUGCGGCCACGGGUGCAGCCCCUACGCCGGAACCGACAAGCACGACCCGCACAAGACCGACUUCAUCAUGGCCUUCAUGGAGCAAGCCGUCGAGAAACUGCACCGCCCGGAGGAGGGGAUCGAGAUCGGGGUGGGUCCGUCGGGCGUGCAGACGUGCAGCGACGAACUGUACACCCGCUGCCGAGAGCUGAGCGAGAAGCACGGCCUCGUGCGACACACCCACCUCCUCGAGACCGUCAACCAGAAGAAGGUGCGGCCCCUCUUCUACGGUGACAAUGAACACAAUGACGACGAUGACGAUGACGACGAUGAUGAUGCUGGUUGCGAUGAUGGUGAUACUGAUGCCUGCCUUGAUGGCGUGCAGUUGGCGUACGAGAAGUACGGAUGCAGCGCGGUGGAUCAUCUGAAGAAGCUGGGGUUCUUCAACGAGAAGACCACCUGCGCUCACUCUAUCUGGCUCGACGACAACGAUAUCGAGCAGCUGCAGACGACCGGCGCGACGCCCGUCCACAAUCCGCUCUCCAACCUCCGUCUGGGCAGCGGCAUCGCGCCCGUGUUGAAGUACCUGGACGCCCGGAUCAACGUCUGCUUCGGGUGCGACGGCGCAGCCUCCAACGACUCACAGGACAUGCUCGAGGCGAUCAAGAUGGGCUCCAUCCUGCACAACAUCACCGACUUUGACUACAACCGCUGGAUCACGCCCGAUCAGGCAUUCCGCAUGGCCGCGAUGGGCGGCGCGCGGGCGGUCGGGCUGCAGGACCAGACGGGCCUCGUACAGGUGGGACGGUCGGCCGACCUCGUCCUCUACGACCUCGCCAGCUCCCUCUCCAUCCUGCCCCGCACCGACAUCCUCGGUCUGCUUCUGCUGGGCCGCCCCAAUAACCUGGUCACCGACGUGUGGGUGCGCGGUCGGCGCGUCUUCAAGGAGGGCAAAGUGGCGGGCGUGGAUGAGGAGAAGCUCAAGAGGGACCUGUUCGCCACCUCCGAGUGGACCACCAUGCCGCGCGCCUCGGCCACCCGCUCGUCGGUCGAGCAGCGCUACCGCCAGGUGAUCGUCGACAAGCAGCCGCCCAGCAGCUCCAACCACUCCACCCCAUGA